CCGCCUCCCCGCCGCGCUGGGCCGGGUAGGAGCGUCCAAGAUGGCGGGAGGCUGGCGGCGGUAGUGCGGCUCUGGAGGCGAGGCGUAGCGGCACGGCGCGCCGGGGCAGUUGGCGGGGUCCCGGGGCGCCCCUCGCGCCACCAUGAGCAACAUCUACAUCCAGGAGCCUCCCACCAACGGCAAGGUCUUGCUGAGAACAACAGCAGGAGAUAUUGAUAUAGAACUGUGGUCAAAGGAAGCACCAAAAGCAUGUCGAAAUUUCAUCCAGCUUUGUAUGGAAGAAUAUUACAAUAACACAAUAUUUCACAGAGUUGUGCCUGGUUUUAUAGUGCAAGGUGGUGAUCCCACUGGUACUGGGUCAGGUGGAGAUUCAAUCUAUGGAGCUCCUUUCAAGGAUGAGUUCCACUCACGAUUGCGAUUUAAUCGAAGAGGACUUGUUGCUAUGGCAAAUGCCGGACCCCAUGAUAAUGGCAGUCAGUUUUUCUUUACGUUGGGUCGUGCAGAUGAACUUAAUAACAAGCACACAAUCUUUGGAAAGGUUACAGGGGAUACAAUCUAUAACAUGUUGCGACUGGCUGAAGUAGAAGUUGACAAGGAAGAGAGACCACUUAGUCCACACAAAAUAAGAAGUAGCGAGGUUUUGUUUAAUCCAUUUGAUGACAUCGUUCCAAGAGCAAAUAGAAAGCUGAAGAAGGACAAACCAGAAGAAGAAGCUAAAAAGUCCAAAUCAAAAGGCACAAAAAAUUUUAACCUGCUUUCCUUUGGAGAAGAAGCUGAAGAAGAAGAAGAAGAAGUCAAUAGAGUUAGUCAGAGCAUGAAGGGAAAAAGUAAAAGUAGUCAUGACCUACUGAAGGAUGACCCCCACCUAAGCUCAGUUCCUGCUGUCAAAAGUGAAGCAACAGGUGAAGAAAGGGGUUCAAGUGAGGAGGAAGAGGAACAUAAUGAAGAUACUGAUAGUGUAGAAGGUGAAGUCACUAGCAAUGAGAGAUUUCAAAUGAAAGAACGCAUUGCAAAAAAGUUGAAAAUUGAUACAAAUGAAACUGCUAAAUUGCCACUUCAAGAGGAGGAAACUAAGGCAGAAAAGAAAACAACUAGUCGUAGUGAGGAGCUACGGAAAGAAGUGCGACAGCUGAAACGUGAACUGCUGGAAGCAAAGCAGAGAAAAGAAGAAAGAGCUGUAAAAUCUAAAGAAAAGGAAGAGGAGGAACCUGCUCCAAACAGUAUUGUUGAAGAAUACCUUCAGGAGAAGAGAAAAUACGAAGACAAGCGGAAGCAGCAGCCAAAGAAAGGGGUCUCUCGUGAAGAUCAGACAUUAGCACUCUUAGACCGAUUUAAAUCAAAGUUAAGCCAGGCAAUUGAAGAAACUCCUGAAAAUGAGGUUUCUGAACCUGAAGGAGAAAAUGAUGAAGGAUGGAUGUCACAUGUACUUCAAUUUGAAGAUAGAAGCAGAAAAGUGAAAGAUGCAAGCAUGCAGGAUGAAGACACUUUUGAGAUCUAUGAUCCAAGGAAUCCUGUAAAUAAGAGGAGAAGAGAAGAAAGCAAAAAGAUAAUGAGAGAAAAAAAGGAAAGGAGAUAAAAUGAAUGUAAAGCUAGCCAGGGCUGACUUGAAAAGUGACUGCAGUAAAGCACUGGCUCUCUUGUAACUCUAAUUCCUAAAAAUAUCACUGAGUAAGUGUGAAAAGGAAUCUCUCAAAAACCUGUCGUCUAGUUUUGCAGCAGAGCUAUCCUUUGUUUCUUCAGUUGCGCAGUAAAGAAAGCGUUCUCAGUGCAUUAUCCAAGCUCUCUCUUUAAAGGUUUUUAGAAUUGUGUAUUUAAUAAAACAGCCAAAUUGA